UCUCGUUAUCACGGUCGGAAAGUAUGACAAAGUGUGUUUUGAACUGUUUGGUUGUGCUGCCUGUUUUACGAUGCCAACUUUUUGAAAGCCACUGCAAAACAAACAAUAGCCAUCUGAAAGAGACCUGACCGUGGUGCCUUGCGUCCCUGAGCAGUCCUGUUUGUGGUGACACCGUGACAGACCGCACGGGGUGCUAGACGGUGUGAUGUUGGCAGACGAGGAGCAUGACAACGAGGCGGCAGUGCCCAUAUACGUGUAUGAAUCCAAGGUCCAUUGUGCUAAUGUGCUGCGGAGCCUGGAGGAGCAGCGGCAGCAGGGCAUCCUUUGCGAUAUGACCAUAUUGGUGGAGGGCAGGGAGGUGCGUGCCCACCGGGCUGUCCUUGCUGCUAGUAGUCGCUACUUCCUACAGGCCCUGCUGGGGCAUAAUGGGUCACCCAGUGAUGCUGAGCCCAUCAUUAACUUGCCAGACAAGGUCACAGCUAAGGGUUUUGCUCCACUGCUCAAGUUUGCCUACACAGCCAAGCUGGUUUUAAGUCAAGAGAACAUCCAUGAAGUCAUCCUGUGUGCUGACUUCCUGGGUGUUCACAAUUUGGAGGACUCUUGCUUCCGGUUUCUUCAAGCCCAGCUGCAGAAUGACAGCCAACAUGCCAAUAGUUGUAAAGGGGAAUAUGAAGAUGAUAUCAUAUCUAAGGGUGUAGUUUCUUCUGAGGCAGUAUCCUUGGAUGAAUCUGUUGAGAAGGGGCAGCAGACAAAUCAUGUAGCAAGCACUGUGCUACUUUCCUCUGACAUUGCUCAAUGUCCUAAAUACAGGAAAUAUAUGCACCAGAUCUGUGACGACAAGCACAAUGGAGAAAACCAUGAUGGCAGUGAUUAUGUCAUUUUGACCAAUCAUACCUCAGUUAGCCCUGUGAGCUCACAGGUUGUAGACAGCUGUACUCCUCCACAAUCUCUGCUUACACCCUCCAGAAUCAAAGAGGAGCCAUUUGUGUUUGAGGAAGGAGGUGGAAGGAAUGCUUGCAACCCAGAGUUUUGUACUGAGGAGGUACUGGAGAUGGAGCUAGAAGUAGAAGGGGUUCCAGCUGAGCGCUCACCCUCUUCCUGUCUCCGCUCCUACCUUCAAAGCGGUGGCCUGGAUCUUAAUGAUGUGCCCAGCGCUGCCAUCCAGCAGCUACUCACCAACAGACUGGUCAAAGAUAGACAGAGGGAUAAGAGGGAAUCUGCGGAUCACGUAGACCUCAAGACCAGCAUUACAGAUGUAAUACCAGCAGCACUGACCGGGACUGGCGGGAACGUAGAAAGGCCAGUGUACAAAGCCUCCUCCUCUAAAUAUGAGGGGGAGCUAGAUAGACAAAGUGUUAUUUUCUCUUCAGCAGCCGGUGAGCAACAAAUGUUUCCCCAUUCUUACAAAGAUGAGAAGUUCAGAAAAAAAGUGUCAGCACUGAUGCAGGUAGAAUCUCCUUCUUCUGGCCAGGCAUGCCUCACUGCCAGCUUCCCUUUUCCCAUCAACACAUCAGCCCACUCUCCUCCUCCUUCUAAGCCCCAGAUCCAGGCUUCCAGCUCACAGUCUUCAUUUUCUUACCCAGAGGACACAGGCAGUGGAAGCUCACUCUCCAGCUUGCCCCAGUUUGACAUCUCCUCAUACCCACACUCAGGCUCCAUCUCUCGACUGUCUCACUGCCUGACUGGGGUGGUGGCGCAGAGGAACCUCCACAGCAGAGAGGUAAUCUUCUCUCAGGGUUGUACCAAGAUCAAAAGUGAACAGGGAUUUGGUGCCAGCAACUCCAGUGAUGAAUCGGGCUCUUGUUCAGAGGGUGACAGUGAGAGUGGCGUGUCCAGAGUCUCGGAUCCUGAGGUAAAGCUGCCCUUCCCCGUGGACCAGAUCACCAACCUGCCACGCAGUGACUUCCAGGUCCUCAUCAAGAUGCACAAAUUAACCUCAGAGCAGCUGGAAUUCAUUCAUGAUAUUCGCCGUCGCAGCAAAAACCGUAUUGCUGCCCAGCGCUGUCGUAAGAGGAAGCUGGACUGCAUCCAGAACCUGGAGAGCGAGAUCUGCAAACUGGUGCACGAGAAAGAGAAGCUGCUGAGUGAGCGCAACCAGCUGAAGGUUUGCAUGUCUGAGCUGUGGCAGAACCUCUCCUUCCUCUCACAACAAGUGUGCAGGGAGGUGCAGGGCAGCCACUUGCCUCCUGUCUCUGCCAGCAUCGACCUCACAUCCAAUCCUUCAUCACCUUCUUCAGACAAGGGCUCAUCCCAAUCCAGGUCACAUCUGUCACAACAAAGUGAGGCUGCGUGUCUGUCUGAUGUGAAUCUCAGUCAGGUGGGGCUGGAGGAUAGGCAGUGCGGGGUGGACGUGUCAGAGUGUCCACAGGUGCUUGGAUUACCUCAGGAAGUAUGUAGCCCCACUGUAACUGUGGAAUUCUGUCAAGAAAUGGCUGAGAAAUGCACAACAGAGGAACAGAAAAGACAGGACUGUACUUAGUGUCUAAUGGCAAACAGUCUGUUCUAUGACACCAGUAUUUUGUUUUUGUAAUGGAUGACAUAAGCAUCGUCUUAUCAUCAGUACUGUUCAAAAAAUAUUCUGGACUGGUAUAAAACAAAAGCCUUGGCAGCUUUCUCUCUCCUCUCCCUUUCAUCCAGACUUUUUUCUUCUUGUUGUCAGCUUCUCUGCCUCUCUCGUGCAUCAUAGGAGGUUAAACUCAGGAAUUCCACAGCAUGUUUAGUAAUGACCUUGUUAACAUGUACAUGCAGUUUACUUUACAGUCCUGUCUACUCUUCACAGUUACUUUCUUACAAUUGUUUUGCAGUAUAUAAAUCAUAUUUGAACUCCAUGUCUGGUUUUAUUUUCAACAUCUGUCAUUUCUGGCUCACUGAAGGAAUAAUUAAACUUCUUUCUGAGAGCAAGAUGAGAAGAUUUAUAUCACCCUCAUGUCUGUGUGUUAAGUACAGUACUAGUUAGUUACUGUGUUAGUAUAGUGAAUGGAAGUUAGCCUGCUUCUGUCCAUCAGUAACUUUAGAGUAGCGUGAUAGUGCCAGAACUACAGUGGUGAAACUUAAAAAUGUCAUAGUUUUUCACUGUGGUGUGUAGGUGGCGCCCUCACAGGGUUGGCGGUGGUAAUGCAGCCUUCCUAACUCUCCAACAGUCCCAGAAAAUACAACAUGCAUGUCUCUUUUCUGCCACCAGGUGAGGUCGCUCCCUCAUUACAGCACCAGAGUAUGUGGAUAUAGAGAGGAAACAGCAGCUUGUGCAUUGUCUCACUGUACUUCACACCAUACUGCACCAGAUAAAUAGUUAGUUUUAUAUGCAGUACAGUAUUUAGGCUACUCGAAGAUUUGUUAUUCAUGGUGUUGUUUUUAAAUGCAAGCUUAAAACCUACUUUCAUAACUUCGCUACGUUUCAGAGACGGUACUUUUUCACUGCACUACAUCUAGCUGAUCAAUUUAGUUAGGCUACUCUUUAGCAUCAGAGAAAUAAAACAAUACAUUCGUAAGAUUUUAUUGAUCCUGGUGGAAGAUUUACAAGCUACCCAAAGGCAUGUGUUUCAAAUGAUGAGCAACUUCACAUAAACCUAAGAUAAGGUGAGAUGGAACAGUGAUACCUGUGGGGAAGGCAGAGCAUAAUGUGAUAUUACGGCAGGUGAACUGUAAUAGGCUAUAAUCAUUCAAUAAUCAUUCAACUUGAACAGAAUAAGAAGCUCUAGAAAUAAUUGUGAAAUAUUACAGAAAGGCAAUGUGCCUAAAAUUAGCACAGUAAUAUUAUUAGGAACAUGUGCUAGUAACAAGACCACUAACAUCUAGUAGUGUCUGCUGUCAGAGCGCAGACAGGAGGAUGGAGCAUGUGCUUUAAAUGCACUCACACAAAGUCCCUCCAGCAGGGUGGGGUGGCCGUGUUGAUGUGUGAAAAGAUCCAAAAAUAAUAUUUCUCUGAUUCACUGCUUUGUUCUCACUAAUGCCGCAGCCUACAGAGGCAGGCCCAAUGUGACAUUUAUCCAGCAUGAUGAAAUGUGAGAGAGUAAAAUUAACACUGAAAAAGGAAAUGUAGUAGUAUACUGUAAGCAGUAGAUACAUUUCUUUAUUUUAUAUUUCUGUUUUUCUUUACUUCAGUGGUUUUAACUACAGCCAUGGUGCUGUGGUGAAUGGGUGUGCUCCAAAAUCGAGCAGCACGGUGCCAUUUGUGCCUGAAAGGCAGGGUCUCUGUUCGUUUUAACUACAUUACGUAACAGACGGCGUGCCAACACAGACAAAUGGAACUCAGCUUACUUUGACAUGGCAGCACUGUACAUUGUGUCUUGACAUAGAAAGGUUUCUCCUUCCAUGCAACACUUCAUGCUGUAGUAUGAGCUAUCAGAUUCUGUUGGUCCUGGCAACCUCACUGUGAAGAUAAUGUUGCAUUCAGUCAGUGUUAGCAGAACCGACAGAAGAGGAAAAAACUGUUCUGUUUAAGGCAGCAUGGUGGAGCAGUGGUUAGGAAAGUUCUUGCUUCUGGGUUUAAGCCCGGGCCGAUCCAGGGCCUUUCUGUGUGAAGUUUGCGUGUUCUCCCUGUGCCUGCGUGGGUUUUCUGUGCUUUACAAAGUCCUGCCCAGCACCUCCAACAGGUGACACCUGACACUAAAUAUGAGCAGAGACAUUGUGACACUCUCACUUAAAUCAUUUCACAAAAAGUUAAGGGCCAUACUGGUGUCAGAUUACAUUUCUGUUAACCAUUUUCCAAAGCAUGCUAUUGUGUUGAUUUCAUUCAUUAUGGGUUGGUAUGAAAAUCAACAUGCAGAAAAGUUGAAAGCAGCUUGAGCUUCUUUUUGCUUUCAUUGUUGUUGUCACAUGAUACAUAUAUGAUGUCAAACUGGGUGAUGCUUUACUUCUUGGUUGAUUUAUAAUAUGCAUCAUUAUAGAGUGAAAUGGAUGAAAACCAAUAGUCUGGAAGUAGGAAAAAACAUACAACACUAUUUGCUUUGUAUAAUGGUUAGUAGUAAUGCAAUGUAUGAUCCAGGUUUAAUGGGUUAACAUUUAAACACAGAGGUUGCUCAAACUAAUCAUAAGUGCCCUUUUUUUAACUCGUGUUUACUGUCUCAUAAGUAGUAGUGAUUUAGUGUUUGUACUUAUGGUAAUCAUGUAUUUAGCUGCAAUGUCAUACAUAGGAAAAUAUGUUCAAACACUAAAGAAAAUAUUCAAACUGUGUUUACAAAUCAGUAUCCCUAAUAGUGUAUGGUGUGAAGCGCUAACAAACAAACACACUGGCAUGUUAUUGAUUUAGGGAGUUGCCAAAUUCAUCUACUGUUGAAAAGUCAAUGGUGAAGCACGUGGCAGGGGUCAGCAUCACACUGGAGGAUGUUGGUAACACUUUACUGUGAGGGUACAUGAAUUAUCAUGAAUUCAUGCAUAGAGUACCUCACAAGUAUUAAACGUAUUUUCAGUUAACAUGGUAUUUCAAUCAUCAUGAGUUCUGAGCUAUUAUUGAUGUUCAUUUCUUCCUUGUUGUUAAAGUCUGCUGUUACAGGGACAGGCAAACAAACCUGACCAGCCACAGCAGUACACAUGUAUUCUGUGGAAUUCCAGGAGUGGGA